GUUAAAAGAUAUGUAAUGUCUUGUCUCAUACAGCAAACGACAUUCGGAUCAGUCCUCACAUUUGGUAUUUUCAUCAUGUCAGUGAAGGCAUCGCGUGGGACGAGGAGGGGGGUGCAGCAGUGAAAUCCCUCCCCGGUUUGACACACGCGCACGCACGCACCUUGUCUGCUUGUAAACACAGACUCACACGUGACGGCGCGCGGUCGCAUUGUGUGCGAGCGGACAAAGGAACUCUCACGGUCCGCGUCGUUGUUGUGACCGAGCCCCGGCGGCGGCGGCCAGGUGAGCGGACAGGCGUCAUGACAACCGACCCCCUCUCGGCGAUCUGCCCCGAAAUGAAGCCCAGUCGCCCGCUGCGUUCGCACCGAGGAGUCCGGUGAACUUCUCCCUCGCGCCUGGAUCCCGGAGCCCUCCGGAGCGGACAGCGACGUCAGCUGCGCACUCCGCCGCUCACACGCAGCUGGCAGCGGGUAAACAAAGCCGGAGUCCCUUUGUGUGUCACCGCUUCAUUUCAGCCGGGUUAUUCGCCUCUGCUUCGGUGCUUCUCUCCGGGCUGGCGCCUGUCGUUAGCUCGCUAGCCGAAGCCCUUUAGCCUCGACAUUUUUUUCCCCCCAGCUCACGUUUUAAUCUGCUCGUCUCCUCUUCACUGGCUGGAUGAGAUGUCAUUCACCAUGGAGGACAACUUGGAGUCCGGGUGGGUGUCCGUCCGACCCCGACUCUUCGACGAAAGAGAGAGGCACAAAUUCGCUUUCAUCGUGGCCUGGAACGAUGUCGAGGGGAAGUUCGCCAUAACCUGCCACAACAGAACCGUGCAGAGACGGGCCACUUUCCUGGACCCGCUGCUCGACUACAGCCCCGGCUCCGCCGUGCCUCCUGUCUGCGGAGCCUCCGGGGCAGAAAAACACGCGAAAAGUCCAGGGACCAAGAGGAGAGACGAGGCUAAAGUUAGACCCCACUCCGUCCCCAAAGGAAAGACCACAACAAAGCCUGGUGCCGGGGACAAGAGGGCUUUAAAGGCUGGUGGCUCACAGACAUUAGAGUGCAUCAGCCACACGUUAGGGUCCUGGGACAUCGUGACUCCCAAGGUGGUGGACAUCGAGAUCCUUGACCCCGUGGAUGUCCCGCUGUCUCCGGAUGAGUCCGACCCAGGGGACCGUGACGCCAGCGGCCGCGAGGACUUCAGCUGGGCCGGGCUGUUCUCCUUCCAGGACCUGAGGGCAGCCCACCUCCAGCUGUGCUCCGUCAACUCCGACCUGGAGCCGUGUCUGCCGAGUUUCCCGGAGGAGCAGUCCGGAGUUUGGACGGUGCUCUUCGGUGCCCCCGGGGUGUCGCAGCGGGAGACGGAGGCCCUGUGCUACCAGCUGCAGGUGUACCUGGGUCAUGCCCUGGACACCUGCGGCUGGAAGAUCCUGUCGCAGGUGCUUUUCUCCGGGGGCGACGACACGGAGGAGUACUACGAGAGCCUGAGCGAGCUGAGGCAGAAGGGCUACGAGGAUGCGCAGGAGAGGGCCAAAAGAAGCAUGCAAGAGGUGUUGGACAAGCAUAAAGCCAUGGACAGCAUGGUGGAGCUGCUGCAGGUGUACCCCGAGGAGGACGAGGCGUAUGGAGAGCUGCUGGAGGCAACGACUCAGCUAUACCACUACCUACUUCAGCCUUUCAGGGACAUGAGGGAGCUGGCAAUGCUGCGCAGACAGCAGAUAAAGAUCUCUCUGGAGACGGAGCGGCUGGGUCCUCGUCGUGUGGAGGGCCUGAGGAGGGAGGAUGAGGAGUGGCAGAGGAAGGCCCACGCCGCCGUUCUCUCCAUACAGGACCUGACCGUCAAGUUCUUCGAAACCACGACUAGAUCCCAGAAAGCUCUGUUUGAGCGUAUGCGUGCUGACCAGAAGAAGUUUGGCAAGUCGGCGUGGGCAGCAGCAGUUGAACGCAUGGAGCGUCUGCAGUACGCUUUCUCCAGAGAAACUCUGCAGCUGAUGAGGGCCAAAGAAAUCUGCCUGGAGCAGAGGAAACACGGCCUGAAGGAGGAGAUGCAGAGUCUGCAAGGCGGGGAGGACGCCAUGCUGCGCCUGGACCAGCUGGAGGAGCUGUACUACGAGCUGCAGAUGCAGCUGUAUGACAUCCAGGCCGAGGUGCUGCGCUGUGAAGAGCUGCUGCUCACCGCUCAGCUGCAGAGUCUGCGCAGGCAGAUGACAGAGCGUCAGGAUGAGGUUGUGUACUACGAUGCCUUUGAGAGCCCUGACGCCAUGAAGGGAGAAGAAGACCCCGCAUCGCCGCCAUCCCCCCUCAGAGAAGAAGACCUGAGCGUCCUGCAGCAGAGGACACGGCAGCUGGAGGCUCGCCGGGGUCGCAUCACCACCAAGAAAGUCUACCUCAAAAACAAGAAGGAAAUCUGUAUUGUCAAUCACAACCAGAAGAUCCAGCAGCGCCAAGGCGGCCCUGCUUACACCAGGUCUCCUCAGGCACUGCAACAGGGAGGAGAAGCUGAAGCAGACGAUGAAGCCAAACAAAAUGACCGGGUGAAUCAGGAGAGGCAGAGGACGCUGGACAGACUCCGUAGCCUCAAUCAGCGUUACCCAGGCCAGGUGACCCUGAAGUCCAGCCGGCUGCGUCUGAGUCAGGGUCACAGUCGGAGGAGGGCGGGGCAGCAGCCGAACACGCAGGCAGCCAGCGUUCAGACCGACUGCAUCUCCGACCUCCCCCAGCUCUCCGCUCCUCCUGACGCCUGCGGCUACGACACCGUGUCUCUACCAACGGUUGAACUCGAAAGCCUCGCCUCUUCGCCUCCCUUCCUCUCGCUGCCUCCCCUCUCAGCUCCCCCAUCUGUUCUGUCAGCGGGUCCUCCACCACCUCCCCCUCCUCCUCCACCUCCGCCUCCCCCGCCCCCUCCGCCGCCUCCUCCCUCAGAGCAGCAGCAGCAGCAGGGCGAGGACGGGAACAGGACCCUUGCAGCAGGCAGUCUGGUGCUGCAACACGAGUCAGAAUCCUCCUCGCUGCCCCUGGCUCCAUUUUGCCCUCGAUUCUUUGACAGCAGCCAGCUGAUGACUGCGAGGACGAAGCUGAGGAAGACGGCCUCGCUGGACUCCUCACAGUGGAGGAGAGCGAGCUCCCCCAUGGACGAAGUGCUGGCUUCUCUCAAACGCGGCAGUUUCCACCUGAGGAAGGCCGAGCUGCGAGUCCUGGCCCCGGACCCGGACGACGACAGCGACAACAUCCUGGCUCAGAUCAGGCAGGGCGUCCGGCUGAGAAAGGUUCGCACCCGGCCGGAGCAGCAGCAGCGUCACGCCAGGAGCUUCCCCCACUCGGCCGACGCUCUCACCCGCAGCAUCCACGAGGCUCUGAGGAGAAUCAAAGAGGCUUCACCAGAGUCCGAGUCUGAGGACGAGGGCCUCCCGUGCACUGACUGGGAAAACUAGUCCAUCAGAAGAACCUUUUUUUUAAAAACUGCUUUCUUUCAUGGAUGUGUGGAGCCAAAAGGAAGAGUUACUGUACAACGACUGAAGUUAAAGGGACACCUCAGAGUUUUAUCACCUGGUGAUAGCUCGGUGCAAUUUGAACAAGGAAACCCCUUUUUUUUGUAAUAUCAGACAAUGGCUCAAUUUGUUUCAUACUUGUGCGUGUGGUUUGUAAAAGACGGACCACUAAGGUUGUUUUUUUUAAGUCGCUGCUGUGGCGUUCUCGGCGAGGACACAACCUCUGACCUCCCGGUGAAUUCAUCGACGUGUCGGAGUCGUACUGUACUGUAGCUUGCUGUGAUGGGUUUGUUUGAAGAAGUGAGUAUUUUCUAUUUUAUUUUCACCUUUCUCUCACUUUCAAAGCAUUCAGACUCUCCACCAAUAACUUCUCUGUAUGUUUUUUACAUUACAAACACACAGGAAAUUUCAGUGCAUUAAAAAAAAACGCCUAAACAUGUAGACACACAACAAUUCACACUCACUGGAAGAAAUAAUUUGACAUUCUGGAAGUUCUUUCACUUUUCAGACAUGAACUCCGGAGAAUGUCCGCCCUGGGUGCGGACUUUCUCCAGAGUUUGUCUUUCACACAUGAACAACGCAGCAACUCUUCUCGGACACGUUCCCGACCCCAGAUUCUCACGAGUUCAUUUCACGUGUGAAAGCAGCUCUGCAGAACACUUGUUCUAAUAGUCUCAGCUAGAGUAAGUGAGUUUUCCAAAAUGUUGAAGUCUUCGUUAGUUUGAUAUUAGAAGUGGAGCUACAUGACUGAAAGUUGCACAACUUGGUUUUUGGGCCAUUUCUAUCAUCCUGGUGUUAAAAUACCAGAACCAGCACUGACUGGUGUAUUUGGAGAAUAAGCCAUACUUCUUUUAGCAUUUUCACUUUUACAAAGUAAUAUAUGAUACAACAGGAGGAAGGGGUUUUGGAGGACGUAUAUCGGACUCUGUUUAAAUCUCUAUCAUUUUAUUGAGAGGUUUUCAGACCGUGAGGGUGACAAAGACGCAGCUCACGGAGAAAGUUAAGGUUUAAAUUCACAGCAUCACAUUUCUUUCUCUGGGUUAUAGCUCAGGACAGGAUUUUGAGAUUCCGUGUGACCUUUACUUUACAAGUACAUCCCUGUUUCCAAUAUCCACAGCAAAGAAACUUGCUACAUUGCACAGUGGGACUUCUAAUAUUCCUUAUAUUUUUAAUGAAUAAAUAAAUCGGACAAAAUCUCAACAAGCAUGAAAGAGAAAAAAGCAGGGCUCAAGCUGUAGCUGGAGCGAGCUAACUGAAUCCAGGAUAUUAUCUAGACUUCACACUAUAAUAUAUACAUAAUGUAGCUGAUGGAACUCUAGUAUAAAAGAGAGAUUAGGUUAAGCUCCAAAUAACCAGCUUACCUCCCACACAGCGCUAUAUAAAUAGGGACCAGAUGACAAAAGUAUAUAUUUUAUCAGAGACGUUUCAAUUCAUCAUUUCUGAAGCAGCGUUGGAAAUAUUAGAUCGUUAUUCAACUUGAACAACUUUUAAAGUUGCCCACACACAGUAUUCUGACACAAGAAUGGAUGAAUGGAUAUGCAGUAAUAUUUAUUCCCUCUGAUGAAUAACAAGCUCCGCUGUGGUCACCCUGUGUUAAUUUACUCUUUAUUUCAUAUACAAGUAACACCUGACAGAAAGGAAACCAUCAGAAAGUAAACUGUGGUGGUAACUGAUCAUGAAAAUUAAAUCGCUCGACAGAAGAUCGGCAGUAAUUUAAUAAUUCAUUGUUUUUUCUCUGGUUUCAGCUUCUCAAACGUAACCAUUCCCACCCAUUUUAGAGUUUUAUACCCUAAAUGUAUAAUAUUUAAGUUUCUGACUAAUGGUCGGACAAAAGGAAACAUUUAUAAACGUCACCUUGGGCUUUAGGAAAUUGUAACGGACAUUUUUUACUAUUUUAUACACAAAAUCAAUUAGUUGAAAAAGGCAUAUAUGAAGUCUUGAAAGAAUGUUAACCAUUUUUUGAAAAGCAACUUCCAGCCCUUAAAAAAAAGAAGAAGCUUUUACGCACAUGUACAUAACAGACUCCAGAUGCGGAGCAGCAUUAAAAACAAACUGGAGCGUGUCGUCAAGUCAGAGAUCGGAGCUGACGCAGCUUCCUGCUCGCCACACCCAACAUUAUCGGGAUCACACGUGUUGUUUACCUUUAUUUCCUUUGUCUUUUUAACUGUCGUUUUAUUUACCCGAGAGUCUCUCUCUGUUUCCACUGCCUUUGUUUUUUUUUUUUCAGGUUUGUUUUUGUCAUGGAGUUGUUUUUCGUGUGUGUGGUUUUUUUUUUUUUAUACCAACCAGUCUCUUAUUAUGUAUGAUCUGUGUCAAACCUGUCUACAGCUGAAAAACACAUGUUCCUGUAGUUAAUAGGCACUGAGCAGCAGGGCUUCAUUUAAAGAAAUCGUUUGACAUUUAGGGAAAUAAACACAUUUAUUCUCUUUCUUGCUCAGAGUUAAAUGAGAAGCAUAAACAAAUCCAAAGAUCCUCUGAAACUCACAAAUUAACAUCCUGUUGUUGGACUGUGUCAAAUGCAACAAAUACUAUUGUUUACCUUUUAUUAAUUGUAAUAGAUGAUGUAAGUUGUGGCCUUGUAGUGUAUUUACUUUUCGAUACAUUUACAAACAGCCAUUCACCAAAUACUGACAGAGAAACAC